AUGGUGAAUACACCCAUACCACAUAGUUUGAAAUCAGAAGCUAAAAAAGCGGCUAAAAUACUAAGAGAGUUCACCAUACCUAAUGCUAAAACAGGCCCAGAUAAACUUAUACCAGCUGGUAUAUUUGCAAAAGCUAAAGGUUUAGCUAUAUUAACUGUUGUUAAAAUGGGGUUUUUGGUAACAGCAAGAGGUGGCAGUGGUAUUGUUAUAGCUAAAUUAAGAUGGUCAGCACCCUCAGCUAUUGGAAUAGCAGGAUUAGGAGGAGGAUUUGAAAUAGGAGCAGAAGUCACAGAUUUUGUUAUAGUGCUGACCUCUAGAACUGCUGUUGAUGCCUUUUCCAAGGGAGGUAACUUAACUCUUGGCGGAAACUUCACUAUAGCUGCUGGUCCAUUGGGUCGUAAUCUUGAAGCUGAUGUUGCUAUGAGAAGUCCUGCAGCUAUUUAUACAUACUCCAAGACAAAAGGAAUAUUUGCAGGAAUAUCUGUGGAAGGAAGUGCCUUAAUUGAAAGAAAAGAUGCCAAUAGAAAAUUUUAUGGUGAAUCUAUUAGAGCACAUCAAAUACUAUCAGGAGAAGUAGAGUCCCCAAGUGAAUGUACAGCUCUAUAUGAUGUUUUAAAAGAACACAGAGAGUUAGCUCUGGAGGCAGCUGCUAAAUUAGCCAAAAAACAAGCAUUAAAACAUAGCCAGUCUAGUUUUCGAAAUAGUGGAGAAAACAAACCUGGCAGACCACAAUCUUCAUAUACAUCUACAUCCUCCAAAACUGUCAAGAAAGAUGGCCGUACUAUUACUACCAAAAAAAAAGUGAAAAAAGUCUCUUCUUCAUAUGAUGGAACAUCGGAUGAUGUUAUCAAAGCUGUUGCUGAUUAUGAUUUUGAAGGUCAAAUUCCUGCUGAUUUGAGUUUUAAGCAAGGUGAAGAAAUAGUAGUUUUAACUAAAACUGAUAAAUCCUAUGAUUGGUGGGAAGGAUUGUGUAAUGGUCAAAUUGGAAUAUUUCCUGCUAAUUAUGUUACCAUUGUAGCAGAAACACAGCCAACUUAA